AUAAGGAGAUCGUGUUCCAGUAAAAUUGGAAUUGAAAUAUUCAAUUUCUUUUAGUUCGAAUCUCUUACAGAAAUGGCGGCAGUGACAAAGCUUCAGUUGUUCUCUUUCCAGAAAGACCAACAGUUUUGUUUCAAGGAACAACAACGGAACAGCUGGCUUAAAGUUAAAAGUGGUUGUUUUGUGCGGUUGCCCGGUCCAACUAGAAGCCGUCAUGGAGCGUACGUGCAAAAGUGUCGGUUGUUUAGGGGAGAAGAUGGCGGGAAAGUGGAAGAGAAAGAGAUGGAAAGUGAGAGGAAGCUUGGGAUUUUGAUGGAAAAUGAAGUGAAGCUGCAAAAGAGAGAUGGGUUUUGGAAAUCUUUGAAAUAUGCUGUUUUCGGGGUUAGUAAAUUCGACUCUAAAUCGCAAGAUGAAUAUGAAAAUGCCGUAGCUAAAGUUGAUGAAGUUUUCUCCUCGAUUGCUAUGCAACUAGGAAGAUAUAUUGUGACCAUGAUGAGCACUGGAGUGAUUCUCUUGACUGGUUUUCAGUUGUCAGGUGGAGACAGUCAGAUGAAUGCAUUGAAUUGGUACAGCUGGGUUGGAGGGAUUAUCAUUGGAACCAUGAUUGGAGCUAAUAUGGUUCUAGAUGAACACUGUCGGGCUGGUCCGAGAAAUGUUGUUAUAACUGGAAGCACAAGGGGAUUGGGAAAAGCACUUGCUCGAGAAUUUCUUCUUUCGGGAGAUCGUGUUGUUGUUGCUUCUCGCAGUCCUGAAUCUGUUGAUAUGACUGUCAAAGUACUUGAGGAAAACCUGAAGGAAGGUAUGGUCGCUGGUGGCUCAUCUAGCAAGAAUCUGGAACAAGCAAAAGUGGUUGGCAAAGCAUGUGAUGUUUGUGAAGCCGGUGAUGUUGAAAAAUUGGCCUACUUUGCCAUCACCGAACUUGGUUCUGUUGACAUUUGGAUAAAUAACGCUGGCACUAACAAAGGUUUUAGACCAUUACUACAGUUCAGUGAUGAAGAUAUUAAACAGAUUGUUUCAGCGAAUCUUGUCGGUUCUAUUCUCUGUACUCGGGAAGCCAUGCGUAUCAUGAAAAACCAGACCAAGGGGGGACACAUAUUUAACAUGGAUGGUGCAGGUUCUGGUGGAUCUAGUACUCCUUUGACCGCUGUAUAUGGGUCAACCAAGUGUGGUCUUAGACAGCUUCAUGCAUCACUUUUGAAGGAGUGCAAACGUUCUAAAGUAGGAAUCCAUACGGCAUCUCCGGGCAUGGUCCUUACAUAUCUACUCUUAAGUGGCUCAACAUUAAAGAACAAACAAAUGUUUAACAUCAUUUGUGAGCUCCCUGAGACUGUUGCUAGAAGUCUAGUUCCACGUAUGCGGGUUGUGAAGGGGACAGGAAAGACCAUCAAUUACUUCACCCCACCUCGGAUACUAUUGGCUUUAAUAACUGUCUGGCUUCGACAAGGUCGCUGGUUUGAUGAAGAGGGUAGGGCACUAUAUUCGGCAGAGGCAGACCGUAUUAGGAACUGGGCUGAAGACCGUACUCGGUUCUCAUUUACAGAUGCAAUGGAAAUAUACACACAAAACAAUUGGCUGUCAGUGUUCUCACUUUCAGUUGUUUGUGCUUUCAUCAUUCUUUCUAGCACCAGCAGCACAUUACCGGGCACAUGAGACUUCACCAUCAAAGACUACAUUUAUAUACGAGUCAAGUUUGAUGCCUGUGAUUAUGCAACUCACAUAUCAUACCAUUAUAAACUCUAAACCGCCCAUUCUGUGGUUGCUUUGCUCCUCUCACAAUUGGAUCAUAUACCACUACUGCUGGGGACCAGACUUAUGGGUCUUUAGCAUAUACGGACAUUACUCUCACAUUCAACCAUUCUUUAUUUCUAUACUUGUAACAUGCAUUCCUGUAAGCUGAAAUUGUAAUGAAAUUAUGUGUUCACCCAGAGCAGAUAUGAAUGGUCUGUUUAUGAAUUCUUAGACACCAAGUGGUGGAUCCAGGAUGCCUGUCUAAAUUUAUUACAUUGGUUUUGCAGGUAUGUAAAUUUCUAUAUGAAUUCUGACAAAGUUUGUACGUACAUAUAAUUGUAUUAUAUUUACGUUUUGGUUGAAUGUAGAAAGCUUUAA